AUGACCCAGGGAAGCUUAGAGAAAUUCCUGGCCCCAGCAGUAAGGCAUAUUUUUGUGCCAGAAGGCAAAGAAGUACAUGAAAAUGAUGAGAUCAUGAUACAGCAACAUAAACUAAAAUUUAAGAAAGGCUGCGCGUCUGCAAGAGAGUACCGCCCACACAUCCGGAAGGAAACCGUUGCUGUUGGCAGAACAGAUAUUGAAGACUUAGACCUCUAUGCUACAUCUUGGGAGAGGCGAUUUCGUUUAUUUGCUUCUAUAGAAUGUGAAGGGCAGUUAUUCAUGACUCCAUAUGAUUUUAUUUUGGCUGUUACAACAGAUGAGCCCAAAUUGGCUAAAACGUGGAAGUCACUUUCCAAACAGGAAUUAAGUCAGAUGCUCUCAGAAACACCACCAGUUUGGAAGGGAUCAUCAAAGCUAUUUCGUAAUCUUAAAGAAAGAGGUGUGAUUUCUUAUACAGAAUAUCUUUUUCUUUUAUGUAUUUUAACAAAGCCACAUGCAGGUUUUAGAAUAGCUUUCAACAUGUUUGACACUGAUGGCAAUGAGAUGGUGGAUAAAAAGGAGUUUUUGGUGCUUCAAGAGAUAUUCAGGAAAAAAAAUGAAAAGAGAGAAACUAAAGGAGAUGAAGAAAAGCGUGCAAUGCUGCGUCUUCAACUUUAUGGAUACCAUUCUCCUACUAAUAGUGUACUUAAAACAGAAGCUGAGGAACUUGUCUCUAGAAGCUAUUGGGACACACUGAGACGUAACACAAGCCAAGCACUCUUUUCAGACCUCGCAGAGCGUGCUGAUGACAUUACAAGUUUAGUAGCAGAUACUACACUUCUUGUCCACUUCUUUGGAAAGAAAGGAAAAGCUGAACUCAACUUUGAAGAUUUUUAUAGAUUCAUGGAUAACCUCCAAACAGAAGUUCUAGAAAUAGAAUUCCUUUCUUACUCUAAUGGAAUGAAUACUAUCAGUGAGGAAGAUUUUGCUCAUAUUCUUUUACGAUACACAAAUGUGGAAAAUACAUCGGUAUUUUUGGAAAAUGUGCGUUACAGUAUACCUGAAGAGAAGGGCAUCACAUUUGAUGAAUUCAGGUCAUUUUUCCAGUUUCUGAACAAUUUAGAAGACUUUGCAAUAGCCCUAAAUAUGUAUAACUUUGCAAGCCGUUCUAUAGGACAAGAUGAAUUUAAACGUGCUGUCUACGUAGCUACUGGACUCAAACUUUCACCUCAUUUAGUGAACACUGUCUUCAAGAUUUUUGACGUUGACAAAGAUGACCAAUUAAGUUAUAAAGAAUUUAUUGGAAUUAUGAAAGACAGACUCCAUAGAGGAUUCCGGGGUUAUAAAACAGUCCAGAAGUAUCCUACUUUCAAAUCUUGCCUGAAAAAAGAGCUUCAUAGCAGAUAAACAAAUCUUUGUGGAUUACCAAGCCUCCAUUUGAUCUUAUAACCUCUUCUGUGCUAAUGCAUGCCAAUGAAAUUGAUCUCAGCAAUAUCUUUAUAG